AUGUCGUCGAUGUUGGCGCCGUGGCAGCGUCUGGAUGCCCUCCGGACCUUUGUCUACCCGGCGCUCAACUUCCCGAUGUGGCGCGGAGUUCUAUCGACGACGGACUGGCGCAGACUGAACGACGCCAUUCGGCCGCUGGUAAAGCGUACGCUUUACCUACCUACUUACGCGGCCACCAACUACAUUUACAGUUCCGCCCCUGGUGGUGCCGUCGGGAUCCUGAUUGCGGCGGAGCUCAGCGAACUCUGCCGCAUCGACUCCGCCUUCAAGCUUUUAACGUCCCCCGACGCCGAGCUGCGGCAGAUGGCCCUGGACGACGCCUACGCGAUAGUCACUGCCCGUCUCGGCUGGGAGGUCACCCGUGCGGAGCUGGAGGCCUACUUCGGGGGAAUGCUUGAAGACGGGUUCCGGGUCCCGGCCACCCAGUUGCGGUCCAUCUGGACAAACGCCCGAAAAGCAUCUCGCCACUACAACGCCGCCUGGACCCUGGAUCCUGGCGGCGUCCGGCCCACCUGCGGCGACGCCACGAUUACUCCGCAACACCGGUGCCGCGUCAUGCGGACGCUGCGUGAGAUCCUGGCUACGGAACGGAUCGCGCCCUGCACGACCUCCCCAACCAAGGGAAGUGCGCUCUACCAGGCCCGCCACAACGCCAUCGUAGAUCGCGUCCGGCCCGCUGCCUCCCACGAGUUCAUUGUAGCCUUCGAGAACCAGGCCGUUGGAGACACGGGCCUGCGUCCGGAUCUCAUCCUGGUGCGUGGCGAAGAGGCAAUCGUCAUCGACGUCACGUGCCUCUUCGAGAACACGCCGGACGCCUUCGAGAACGCCCGCAACGCCAAGCUGGCUCAUUACGAGCCGGUGGCGGCGUUUCUCGGUCGUCGGUAUCAACGGGUCACCGUCGACGCCGUCAUCGUGGGUGCCCUCGGCGCUUGGGACUCGGCGAACGAUCGCGUGCUUCGUCGCAUCUGUUCGCACCCCUAA